AACCACCAUGAUAAGAGAUAAGAACGUGUUAGGUUAGAUAAUAAAAUUAGAGCUAGCUAGGUUUAGGUUUAAAUUUUGAUUCAAUCUCUGUGCACUUAUUUAAGUUUCCAUGUCACCUAUACAUUGCAUUGCUGGAAGGUGUAAUUUUCCGAACAUCGUUUCCUCUAAUAUGCUUGCUUAUUGAUGAGAAGUUUCAAAUUGUCCAUCGGAGAAGGCGAUCAUACAUCAUGCAAGCCCUGAACAUCCUCAGAUCCGGAGUAGUAUCCCGAAGUUAUUCUUUUCUGGAAGCCUCCAGGGCGUGCUGGGAUAAUGAUGUCUUCCGCAGCUUCUCACGAAUUAACUCAGUUCUAAUGUAUAAUGAAUAUAACUGGCAGAGAUUCUAUAAAGAACCCCGUCCGUAUAAAAGGCCUAGAACACCAACCAGAGAUUACAUGCCUAGGGCAAAUGAGCAAAAACGUUUGGUUACACAUGGUUGGUUGGUGCGCAUGAUGACUCCAUCUGGACGAAGGACCAUCAUGAGGCGGAUUUUAAAAGGCAAACAUGUCCUAUCUCACUGAACUUAUUCAUAACUAGUGAUGCCCUCUUAUAAUAUUUAGUUUUUGUAUGUGUAUACUUGUAUUAUGAUUAAAUGUUUUAACAAACAA